UUAUGAUAAGGUAAUAUUAUAAUAGUAGUAAAGAGCUUGAAUUGAGCUAAAGGCUAUAUACCGGGCUAAAAGCACUGGCUACACGCUAAGUCACGUAUAGUAGCACCGCGUGACUAGUGCCACAUAACAAGUCCCCCCCUUCAGACUCGAAAGACAACGUCCUCGUCGCAAUACAGCCAUUCUAGGCUACCCAAUAAGAAGUCCACUAGUAUAGAGCGUCCUUCUCCCCCAAGAGCUUACAUCUCACUUCUAAGGGCCCUACAAGCAGGCCAUGGUAACAUAUAUCCCAGAAUAUGCCCCCUAUUUGUAUAUUGCCUCCCUCUCUACCAUAUUUCUUGUUCGUACCAUAUCCAUAAAGACUUGGGGAGGUGAGGAGUCGGACGGCUCUGCCGGCGGGGGUGUAAAGCGUAACAGGAAGCUCUUUCUACAGGGGCGAGGGGAACAUCGCUUUAUUGCUGUAGUAAUCCGUAUCGUGAGGUCGAUCUCGAUUAUAAUUAUUGCAUUACUACCAUAUGUCACGAUAAGGUGAUGUUGCAGUGGU